AAAAGUCAUUAUUAAAGUAGCAAUCUUUUCAUUGGUUUCCGAAAAUUGUGACGCAAUUUGGCGGCGGAAUAUUUACUUUCUACGAUUUAAUGUAAGGACAUGUUUACUUCAAAUCGCACAGAGACGAAAAGCGCUGUCGAACGUCUACAGAUAAGCAAAGCGGAUUACGUGAAGUCCGAAUCAGUUUUGGACAACGAUCAGAAACUCGAGUGGACUAGACAUUUACAAAUAACAACGAGACCACAUUUGGACACGUGCGUUCAGAGAUUAAAACGAAAUUUAGAAAAAAAUAAGCUUCGAAGUUGUAGAUCCAUCGAUACCGAAAGUGCUCACAAGAAUUCGUCUUCAACCUCCAUACUAUUAGAUCCAUACUGUUGUUGCGACUUGAAAUACUUUGGUUUAUUCUCUAGAAAUUUAGAACUGUAUCACAGAAGUUUACCAAAUCUUUCAAAAUCCAAACAAGAAGUGAUUCCUUGUAUAAGAAUUCAAGAAAGACGAGAUUGCAAUCAGACAAAUGCUUCGGAUUCAAAGACCAUAUGCUCGUCUUUUGCGCGUAUGACAGAUUUAAAGGAUGAAUCCAGUACAGAAUCAGAUCCUCUUCAUGAUAAAACGUACAAUACCCUAAACAGUAAUUUGUUUAAUAAAUUUAAUAAAUUAGAAACAUCAAUUAUCGAGAAGAACGCGCGAAUAAUUAAAUGGCUUCGUUCGUGUCAGAAUUGUCAAGAAAGCUGUUGAAAGUAUGCACUUUUUUAAG